AUGACGCAAACAGUAUUUGAGUUAGGAGUAGGACAGAUCACCCUUCUUUAUGAAUUUGGAUUUCCUCCCCCAGAUAUCGAACGGAGCAGCAACCAGAGGCGCCCAGGUACUACCGCAGAACUGUCAGCCACCAGCUCAGAGAGAGCCUCCACAAUCAUCACUUCUCCCAGCACGAGCAGGAGCUCCCUUCAUGUCCAAUGUCUUUACCACACAAGGGCGGCAUCGCCAUUAGCCCCUCAGCGGGGAAGGGGCCACUGUGGCGGCUGCCUGAGGGGAGGGCCGCCCGACGGGACGGCAGCCGGGGAGCGCAGCCGUGCCCUCACCGGGUCGCCGGGAGGUCGCAGCAGCGCCACGCGCACCCCAACGGCCACCAACGGCCUCCCACCGCCGGGCAGGGUAGGGCGGGGCGCGGCGCUGCGUGAGGAAGCAAGGGCGGCGCCGGCCGGCGGGGGCGACAGGGCGUGGCGGCGGCGGUACGUGCGCGCCGCUCUCAUUGGCUCCCCACCCGGAAGAGCAGCGGGUGCCUGCGCGGCGGGUGCGGGAGGGCCGUGCCGCGCUGGGACCCCCGCGGACAUGGCGGCGCGGCGGCCGGAGCAGCAGCAGCGAGGCGCGGAGGUGGCGGAGGAUGGCGGCCGGUCGCUGUCGCUGUCGGGGCAGUCCUACUGGCUAGACCUGUGGCUUUUUAUCCUCUUCGACCUGGUGCUGUUCGUGGUUAUCUACCUGCUGCCCUGAAGGCGCCGGGCCCAGAGCCACUUGCUAAUCACAUCUUAUGAACAUGAGCGCUGGAAGAGGACGGUUAGUGAAGUAUAAGCAACUGGGAGCAUGACUGCUUGCAUCUGAAUGCAAGAGGCGCAUACAUACGCUAUAUCGUAUCUCUGGCUGUAUCACAAGUGUUACUGUUCAGGUUUUUACCUGUAUCCACUUUCUGUGUUCUAAACAGUGCCUUAAAGGCCACAUAAGACAGUUUGACUCUGCUUUUGUAAUUAGUACCUAAAGGUUUGUUAAGCAGAAACGAAAAUAUGUACUGUUUGAAUAAAAUCAACUGAAAGGACAGAUUGUAAGUGGCUGAGAAUAAAAUCCAGCUCUUAUGCAGACUGAAGUUGUAACUCAGACCUUUUGCCUCAACAGAUGAAGCUCACCCAGCUGAUUUACUUCCAAAAAGUUAAUCAUGAGGGUUUGAUGCUCUUUGGUUUUCUGUUAUACCUUGUCUUUAUACAGCGUGCAUGAGAUUCCAGCUUCAGCAGUUGCUCUGCCUUCUGAAACAUGCCAGUGUGUAACAGCAGUAGCAGCCUGCUGCCCUUGCUUACCGAUUUAGAUAAAACAGGUUCUGAUUUCCUUCCUAUGAUCAGUGAAGGAGCAAGCUUACGACAGCAGCCUUCUUGAGUAGCUGGCAGGUUGUGUAAAGUACUGUCUUCCAUGGGUGAUGGCAAUAGGUAAGUAAGAGGUUUCAGCUGCCAUGUGCCUCAUCAAAGUUCCAUCUGUCUCACUGCAGGCAGACUUUCAAAACAGCAUUAAAUCCAGGAGUCUCUUGCACUCUCAGGAGAAAGAAAAAGUAAGCCAAGUACAUGGAGUAGGCUUUUUACUUGAUCAGGUUUUGGGCAAGACAGUCUUUGGGUGCGGAUGAAGGAGGUCCAGCUUUCUUAUUUUUCACUUGUGAAUACUUGUUUCUAAUUCUGACAAGUAACAACACAUGGUUGUUGGGUUGUUUUUUUCAGGAAUAAAUGUAAUAAAACAACUAGAUUUCA